UGCAAAUGUCAGGAUAUGCAGUUACAAAGGGCGCUGUCGUUUUGUGAGAAAACAAAUAUGCGGCACAGGAAAGGUCGAUAUUGACACUACGGAUGAUGACCUAGAGGAGAUCAGAAAAGGAAAGAAUCAUGCAACCGGUAUGCCAGUGGAAUUCAAUUUCUAUGAUAUGAAACAAGAUGGUGUGAUAUACCCCCAAGAAAUGGCAUCAACCCUUUGCAUGAAGGUCAAACAAACAAAGCAAGUUAUCGAUAGUUGUGAUAAAGAUGGUGACCAUGGUUUGAACAGGGGAGAAUUUGAAAAUUGUGAAUUUGCUUUUGAAAACAGGCCAUUGGACAGCGGUAAAGAACCACUAUUUACAGUCGAAGGUGAAGAUUAGGAAUAAACCAAACCAACAAAAUUAACAAUACUAUACAAGAAAGAAAGAACAAUUAAAGAUACAAUGCAAUAUAUUAAGAAACAAUGAGAAACAAUAAAUACAAAAUAUGAAACAUAUCAUAAUUCACAAUGUGGAUCAAAGUAAUGCAAAGUGAUGAACCGAUUAAUGCCUUAAUUAAUGAUUCAAUUGAAUUAAAU